GUGUUUUUCCUCUAACAUGGCGGCGGCCAGGAGGUUGAAACGCGUGGCGGCGUCACAGCCAGGUUUUCUAACUCUAAAACCCUCCUUAAACCCUUCAGACUUGGUCAGCGGUCGGAGGAAACGUGUGAACAAGAACAAGAAGAAGAACUGGAACAAACACAGCGACAUAAACGAUGUAGAGGAGUUUUUAGAGGACGUCAGGCACCAGGAGAGGACCACAGGGGGGCUGCUGUCUGAGAAGUCAGAUGACAGUUUGUUCUUUUUGGAUGUUGGACAACCAAAGAAAGCUGAACAGAAGGUAGAAGAACCUGUCGAGACAAAGAAGAGGAAAGGGAAAGCAUCACGUCCUCUGAGAAUAGACCUGAUCCUCCAGCAUGACUCCCUCAUCCCACCGGCUAAAGAUGUGCUGGCCUACCAGCAGCCAAAUGCCAAGAAGCUCCGUCGCAUCGCCCAGAAGGCCGAGCAGCUGGCAGCCAAAGGUGUGGUACCUCGGAGGCAGAGACAGCUGCUGAACAGGCGGCCUGUUGACAGGACGGCCAAGAAGUCAGCGACAGAGGCCAACAACAACCCAGACAGAGAAUAUUACGACAUAUGGGGGCAAGAGUCCAGAGAAUCAGCUGAUCCCUGGUAUCUUCAACAGAUGGGCAAGAAGCAUGUUAAGCGUCCAGAGAAGUUGAAUGAGAAGCCGUCUGUGCUGCCUGCUGUGGAGGUGAUCGCUCCUGGAGGAUCCUACAACCCAGACUUCUUGUCUCACCAGGCUUUGCUUCAGGAGGCUCACGACGUGGAGGUCAAGAAACAAAAGCAGGAAGACAAACUGGAGAGACAGCUGGCCUUCAACAAAGAGGAAAAAGCCACAGAGGAGACAGUUCUCCGUGAGCAGGUUGAAGGUUUGGUAGAGGAAGAGAAUGAAGAGGAAGAAGCAGCAGCUAAUGACGAUGAGGAGGAAGUGGCUGUGGGAGCAAUCGCUCUGGCUGAGAAGAAAACUGAGAGACAAAGAAAGAGAGAGAGGGCAGAGAAAAUUAAGGAGCAGCAGCGAUUAGCCACCAGAAAGCAGACUGACCAGCAGCAGCAGCUCUUCCAGCUUCGCUCCAUAAAGGCCUCCAUCAAGCAGCGGGAACAGAAGACCAAGGCCAACCAGAUAAAACGCAAAGCCAAGCAGGAGGCCCAGAAAUCUCAGCCCAGACGUCUCGGCAAACUCAAGUUCCAGCCUCAGGACCUGGAGGUUCAGCUGAGUAAUGAGCUGGCUGGCUCCCUGCGACAGCUCAAGCCAGAGGGCAGCAUCCUCAAGGACCGCUUCAAGAGCCUGCAGAAGAGGAACCUCAUCGAACCGAGAGAUAGAGCCAAGUUCAAGAGGAGACUGAAGGUGAAAUAUGUGGAGAAGAGGGCUUUCAAGGAGAUCACUUAGUGUCAACCCACAGACCACAGAGCUGAACACAAGAAGCUGGACAACAUUUAAAACCACCAGUGCAACAUAAUGGAACUUUGUGUAUAUACAACAUAACGACUGAUUAUUACAACUGCUGCCACAUUAUGUCACCCACAACAAUGAUACAUAAACUGUGACUGGGAGUGAAGCUUA